AUGGAGGACAGCCUGAUGCAGCUGGUCCCCGGAAAGAGUGUGGGAUUUAUGACGCUGGGUUGUUCUCUGCACGAAGUCUUGACAACGAUCAAAGCAGAAGUCCGAACCUUCCCACGCUUCCAACUCUACCAUGACGAAGCCCGACCUAUCUCUUCGCCCGUACACGUCGUACUACCUGAUAAUGGCCUUCGAUUACAGUUCGAUGGCCCGGACCAGCGGCUUCGGCUUAUAGAGGUUCUAGACUUUUCAAAGGCAAAACUAGUAUACAAGGACGUGGAGGUAUACAAACCUGCAGAUGGGCUUGGAGGCAUGUCGCCGGGUUCGUUAGGUCCUAGGUUUAGGCAUAUCUACGACAAACUCCUCGGACCAACAUAUGGCGGAGAAUACAUUCCACCAUCUUCGAACGAUUCGAAUGCGCAAGGAAUCUACAACCUAUCGUAUCCGGGCGUAGCAUUCAACUUCCUUGUCCAGCAUUCAGCUUACUCACCGAAGAAAGAUUUCAUUUCCCUGCUCUCUUCCUCCGCAACAAGCUGUGCGACAUCCAUGGCAGUGUUCAGCGGUGAGUCAUGGCAGAAAGCGAGAGGCACUUUGUUCACGGCUCCACCACCCAAUCCUAGAGCUCUGGCUUUAUCAGCAAAGGGUAAGGAGGGGAGUCCGGACGAAAUAGAGCUGGUGAAAAUUCACGGCGAGGGUCGGAUAGAGCUUGUGCGACGCGCGAACCCACCGUUCUGGAUAACAUUAAGUGAGACAACACCGCAAGACUUGAUUAUGGAGCUUGGUGCGCCGGACUCCAUAUACCGAAAGAAUGACCAUCGACUAUCCAUCCACAAAGACAGGAGGACAAGCGACGUCUCUGACUCACCCGCUCUGGGACUUACUUCCGAUGAAGGUUUAGACUCCGACCAUGGAUCGGCUAUCGGUACUGAUGACGAUGACGAUUGGGAAGAUGACGAUGAUGCCGUGGUAGAAGCGCAAGAGCGAGAAAUAGCUGCUGCCGAGCACUUUUAUAACUACUACCACCACGGCUUUGACAUCUUGAUAUCCCAGCCCACUCAAAUUUCCCCACCUUCGCCAAAUGCCGAUGGGAGAGAUUCAGAAGCUGCGCAAAAUGGCGGAAUCAGUGCUCAGCCACUUAACCAUCUGACUGCAACGAAAGUGAUCUUCCAUGGAAACAUUCCAGGUUCGUAUCAAUUCAACAGACAUCGACGAACACGCUGGAGACUAGAACACGUAUCAUUGGAAGAGCUUGAGGAUCCAAUCAAUUCUGAGAUGCAAUUUGGCGACAUAGCGGCCCAUCUCAAGGAAGUAUUCCACCCAUAUUAUGAGAAUGCAGAGGAAGAAAGGCUGCAGCAACGUGGGAUGGCACUGAAUAGAGGUUGGGGUGACAGCCCAGGGAGUAGUUGCGAACUUCUUGGUGGAUGGGAGGAUGGUUCAGCGAAGAGGAGCAAGUUUGCUAGUCCUGGAUCGGCCGUGUUCGAGGGCGAUGGGAGCGUCGGCAAUGUCGAGCUUUUUGGGUUUCCCGGCAUGGUUUUUGAAGUGCUCAAGAACGGAGCUGUGAGUUCUCUUACGGUUUAUUGA